AUGCAAGCAGCAGCAAAUACAAUUCAGAAUCACAUGGGCCCAGUCCUGGUCGAUGUCACGCCUCAGUAUAGAGGUCGUGUGGACGAAAAUGGGUCUCAGAUGAUCAUGAAAGCCCUCGCAUGGAUGGGUGUCGAAGAUGUUAAAAUAAUUGAUGCCCCAGUCCCAGAUGUGACCGAUCCUGAUGAUGUUAUUAUUGCUGUCACGGGAACGACAAUCUGCGGAAGCGAUCUGCAUUUGUAUCACGGAGAGAUAUUAACUCUGCAGAAAGGGGAUAUCCUUGGCCAUGAGUUCAUGGGAAAGGUUGACAAAGUUGGCCCAAACGUCAAAAACCUCAAGCCAGGAGACCGGGUAGUGGCCUCGUUUCAAAUUGCCUGCGGAAAGUGUGAAUAUUGCCAGAAGAAAUUGUCGUCCUUCUGCGAUCGUACGAAUAAUUCUAGCCUUCAAAAUGCCAUGUAUGGUCAUCGCGAUGCCGGAUUCUUUGGCUAUUCACAUUUGACAGGAGGAUUCGCGGGUGGCCAAGCUGAGUACGUUCGUGUGCCAUUUGGCGAAGUGAACCUGCUUCCAGUCCCAGGCGGAGUCACGGAUGAGCAGGCGCUUUAUUUGUCAGAUAUACUUCCCACAUCUUAUCACGCGGUUGUCGACACAGGCGUAAAGGAAGGAGACAUCGUCGGUGUUUGGGGUUUGGGUCCUAUUGGCCAAUAUGUUGCCCGUUGGGCCAAGUUGAAAGGCGCAAAACGCGUAAUUGGCAUUGACCGCGUUCCCGAACGUUUGGUUUUUGCUGCGGAGAAGUCAGGUGUUGAGCCUAUCAACUUCCAAGAGCACACGGACGUCGUCAAACGUAUCCAAGAACUUGUCCCCGGCGGCCUGGACGUUGCCAUUGAUUGUGGUACCUUCCAUGAGCCGAAGACGAUCGCACACAAGGUUCAGAAGACUCUCAUGAUGGAAACUGACGUACCAGAAAUUGUCAAUGAGAUGAUUAUGUCUGUUAGGAAGAUGGGUCGCUGUGGAAUAAUUGCUGCCUAUGCGGGCUACACCAAUAAUUUCAAUAUCGGAGCACUAAUGGAAAAAGGAGUUCGCUUCAUCGGCAAUGGACAAGCUCCUGUCCAUUUACAUUGGGAGACCAUCCUCAAUGAGUACAUCAUUCCAGGAAAGUUUGACCCGACAUUCAUACUCACGCACCGCGUACCUCUCGAUGAUAUGCCCGAGCUUUACAAGGCAUUUGAUCAGCGCCAGUCGGGUGUUCUGAAAGUCUUUGUGGAAACCCGCUUCUCGUCACCUCCGUCACCUGGAUGUCCGACGACUAGCCGUGUUAAAGAUUGGACGACGUGA